AUGAACCAAGACGCAGCAAGACAUGCUUUGGAUGAUGCCACAAGAAAGGCCAAAGCACGAUGGGAGAAGUACAAGAGCAACUACUCUGUUUCCGAUGAGACCUUUUCUACCUGGAGCGUGCAGAAUGAACCACAACUCCAUGCAAUGACGGCGAACUAUAACAUGGCGGUAAACGAAACCGACAUGGCAACAAUGCAUGCCUAUGGCCCCAGUGCAGGACCGUACUUACAGGACAAACAACAUAUGCAAGCUGCUGUUGAUCCUCAGCCGCGCCCAGGCUUAAACAUGCCCGUCACCACCCUUGGUGCCUCGGAUACCGACGCUAUACUACAGCAGAUCACGGCCAACAAAGCCGUGGCACCACCCAGUGCUGACUACCAUGUUCCAUUCUACUCUGCUGCGAACUACACCGAGCAGGUGACGGAUUGGUUGACGAAGCGGGGCGAUGCCAACAAGUCGCGCAGUGAAGUGUCUUUCGACUUCAACACAGGAAACAGCGUUGAUGUGAAUAGCUUCAACCAUACGAAUGUAGGCGGUGAUCAGUAUGAGCGUUGGCUCUCUCUAGGUGUCAACGAUGACCGGUGCGAGGAGAGCUCCAUGAUCAGCUACGGAGAUCAACUCCAAACUACAAUCACCAUGUCUUGGGACGAUCAAUUCCGCGCGAUUGACAUCCAAUCGGGAAGGUGGGACAUCCGCGGCAGCUCUACCUACAAACUCAAGAGCGACGCCCCAGACGAAGUCAAGGGAUUGUCCCGCGUCGUGAAGUUCGUCGUCGUCUCGAACCUAGCCUUCGAAAUCGAAUUCUCUGGCGACACGAUCACAGAGUUUCACAGUCAUGUUGGAAGCGGCGGGACCAUCCGCCUCUUUGGUUUUCCCGUUGCCGUCAACAGGGACGCGGACGGAGAGAGUGACAUUACCCACACGGCUGAUUGGUACCCCGAUGAGGGGAAGCUGUCUGUCAUGCCUAAGCGUGAAGCAGGUUUCGCUAGUGCUGUUGCACUUGUUGGAGAGAAGGUCUGA